AUGUCCUCUCCUUCCCUCCCCAUGCCUUCUCUCCCCCCCAGCCCUCUGGCCAUGGAGUACCUAAAUGACUUUGAUCUCCUCAAGUUUGAGGUGAAAUCUGACACUCCUCCACUCCCCCCUCCAUGCGCAUAUCCCAAAACUGGCCUCACCCAUGACCCUUCCAGCUCUCCGUACACUAGUCACCCUCCACAGGAUUCCAGUUUGAGCUCCAGUCCUUACAAUUCGUUGCCACCUUCGCCUACACUCAGUGAUGCCCACCCACCACCUUCAGGCUCUUCCUCCCUUUCCUCAUCAUCCUCUUCCAUCUCCUUCCCCCUCUCGAUAUCCAACAGCUUCACGUCUGGUAUCAGCUCUGGCUCUCAGGGGAAUGUGGAGGGCAGCCCGGCCCAUGGAGGCCCUCAGGGUCCUACCCCUGCCUCACUGGAGGACUUGAUCUGGCUGGCAGCGCUGCAACAACAGUUUGGAGGUGAGGUGACGGGGCCUGCCACAUUGCUGGGGGCUUUAGGAGGAGUGCCAGACAGAGGGGACAGAGAAAGGGGGCCAGUGAAUGGCUUCCUGGGCUGUGAGGAUGCUGUGGAGGCUUUGCUGAACUCGGCUGCUGCAGCUGUCAGCUCACAGUUCCCAGGUCUUUCUCAAAGUUCGAGCAGCAACCUGGGAGACUCUAGCAGCGACAGUGGAGGAGAUAUCUCUUGCGCCAAGGCAGCAGAUAUGUGCCAUCGGCCACUUGUCUUCCUGUCAUCUGCCCCACCCUCGCUUCCCAACGCCGCCCCUGCCUCGGGUCCCUACCCGCAACCCCUCAGCCCUCAGGGUCGCCUUCAUCACCACCAACAUCACCAUCACCAGCAUCAUCCACACCACCCCAUGCAUGGCAACCAUCACCAUCAUCACCACCAACAAGUCAGUCAGUGUGGGGUGAAUGAGCGCUUCUCUGAUGAGCAGCUGGUGAGCCUGUCGGUGCGCGAGCUGAACCGACACCUGCGUGGAGUGAGCAAGGAUGAGGUGGUGCGCCUGAAGCAGAAACGCCGCACGCUAAAGAACCGUGGCUAUGCCCAGUCUUGCCGCUACAAACGUUUGCAGCACCGCCAUGCUCUGGAGUCAGAAAAACAUGUCCUCACACAACAGCUGGAACAGUUACAGUGUGAGCUGACUCGAGUGCUGAGGGAGAGAGAUGCCUACAAGGCUCGCUACGAGAAGCUCCUCAGCACAAACCACAGCAAUGGCAGUGAUGCCCAUCCAACACGCACCAGCAACCCACCUUCCCCACCCCCUGAUUACUUCCUCUGAGUUUAAAGCACAAAGUGAGGGAAAAAAAAUAAAUAAAAAAAAAAGCCUACAUGGAGCAAUAACUGACAAGUAAUCAAACUUGGAGAAAAACAAGGAUGUGUAUGUGUGUGCACUCUACUUGUGUUUGUUGUGAGAGAGAAAGUGAAAGAGAGGUUUUGGCAGGUAGUUUUUUUGGAGCUAUACAACUGUGAAAACACCCUUUGAGUGAUUGAAGGGGAAUUGACUUAAUUCAUGAGGUUGGACUCUGUCCUACGCUGCUCUAAAGACUCUGAUUUACUUGACUGUGAAUGCAAAAAUCUUAAAAAAAGACUGAGAGCUCUAAUGCUAGGAUAUUAAUUUAACAGUUAAGUAUGACUGUGAAAAAGACAAAAAAUUCUUUAUCUUGCAAUUAAACUUUCAUAGUCCCUCGCACUGCUGAGCAUACUAUCUAUGCAAUACUAUGCAAUAUUAUA